ACUGUCAUGUUGCAAAAUAUCUGCCGAUGUCCGAUCUCUGUGCGUGUUGCACAUCAAUGUUUUGAAUCACAUUUUCCGUCCCUCCUUCAGGCGUUUUCCGCAGUUUUCCACUAACAAAUGGCCCGUUAAAAAUAUUAGUUUCAAUCGUGUAGUGAUAAAUUAAAAUCCAUGUUAAGUCUGUAGAAAACACUAAAGAUCCAGACGGGUGAAAAGUAAUAUAGCGAUGUCCGGCCUCAUCGAGUAUCUGAAGGGCCCCGAGCUGGUGGUCAAAGUGCAGGAGUUUUUCGGCAUCGAGUAUCUGCAUUGCCGAGAGAAUGGAAAAAUCGAUUCGAGUGAUGCGUACUGCGGCGGCGUUGGAUCCUCGCUUAGGACGAGAACCAAACUGCGCGACGGGAAUAAGCAGAAUGGGGAUUUGACAAAUUUGGACGAGGACAGUAGUAGCAGCAGCAGCGGCGGCAAUGACUCAGACAAGUGUCAGGGCGGUGCAGAUAAGGAAACCGUCAUGCCUUAUCGAAUCACGAAUAAAUUUUGGUAUUAUUUGUUCCUUAUCGGGACGGAACUAGGAGACGAAAUCUUUUACGCAACGUUCAUUCCGUUCUGGUUCUGGAACAUCGACAGCGCCGUGGGAAGGAGGGUCAUUAUGGUUUGGUCGGCGGUUAUGUACGUAGGACAAAGCCUGAAGGAUGUCAUUAGAUGGCCUCGACCGGGCUUCCCUGUUAGCAGAUUGCAAAAGAAGUGGGCUCUGGAGUACGGAAUGCCUUCAACGCAUGCAAUGGUUUCCGUGGCGAUUCCUUUCUCGGUUCUAAUCUAUACUCAUGAUAGGUACAUAUAUUCCUUGCCAGCAGGUCUGGCUUUUGCCACAAUUUGGUGUGCAGUUAUUUGCUUCAGCAGAGUUUAUUUAGGAAUGCACAGCGUAUUGGUAACUCUCGUUGUACAUCAGCGUAGCUCUUGGGAUGCGGAAGUAAAAGAGCAAUGAUCUUUCUUCUUUGGA